ACGAACCGUUCAUUGUUUAUAAUUAUUGCAUGAGAAACUGUCUCAAGACGUUUGUUCCUCGCGAUUGUGACCUUUAUUACACCGCAUUCUCUGCUAGCACCCAUGCAAUUUUUCCGAAGCUACUUUUGGAAACCCACUAAAAAUUCUAAACCAAACCGCGCUGAAGUACGUCAAAAACAGUGACCUGGAUGCUGACUGUGCCGCCGACUUAUCCAAUUUGUUGUCAGAUGUUUUUGAAACCAAAAUGUGGGCUUUCAAGAUGCUGGACGCAAGCGGCAAAAUUUAUCCCGGAUUUUUUAACGGCAAUUUCCAUUUGUUUGGAGACUACGACGAGUGUCUGGAUAUAGAACAAGCCGUUACUGAGAGAAAUAUUAAGGGCCAGUAUUGCACUUUACGAGUGUCAACUCAUUAUAAACCUCUGGGUUUCACCAAGUCAGUUAUUAAAAGCAAAGAACUAGAAGAGUAUCUAUCAAAACUGGAGUUCAGAGAAGUGUCGACUGAAAAAGAACACUCUGUAUUACUGUGGGGGGUGUGUGUCCCAAAAUCCUGUUCUCUAGAAAGCGUACAAAACUUUGCUAGACACUUCAUGGACACACUUGGAGUAAGCGGAGACGUAAGUGUGGAAGAAGACUUGUGUUUUUAUCAAGGCAAACCCUUAAAAACCACCCACCUGGAGAAUUUUUCUUAUUACUUUUUCGUAGUAACUAUAUCUCUGACAAUUGCAAGUACCACCUACGACGCCUAUUUACGUUUAACUGGUCAAACCCCGAAUGUUUUUGUUGUGUUUUCCGCCUACACUAACUUCGAAAGACUUUUGUCGCAGCGUCCCAACAACCACAAUACUCUCACUUGCUUGAACGGAAUCAAAGUGAUAAGUAGUACCUGGGUUGUAUUAGGGCAUACAGUACUCUUUUAUAGGUUUAUUGCAAAAAACGUCCACUACAUCUACGAUGAGUGGAACCACCAAGCGUUUCACACUUUCAUGUGGUCAGGUCACUACUCGUUUGACACAUUUUUGACAAUCAGCGGAUUUCUAACGAGUUAUAUUUAUUUAAAACACACUGAGGUGUUUUCUGUCGAUUUGGUCACUUUUUAUUUGAUUAGAUACAUCAGACUAACACCGGCUUUAGUGGCAGCGGUACUAGUACACACCACUAUGCUAAAAUUUUUAGCCAACGGACCAUAUGGACUCUUUAUAGCUAAUUAUGUAGCAAACCAUUGUGGUACCACCUGGUGGUCACCUUUCUUUUUCGUUUUGAAAAUUAUGGACUUCAAAAGAUGUGCUUUACACCUCGGGUACUUAGCAAUCGAUAACCAGCUCUACAUCUUCGCCCCUUUAAUUUUGUUCAAUAUCAAGAAAUCCACCACAAAAGUAAUGAAAGGAAUGGUGUUUGCUUUUAUUAUAAGCGUCACUUAUAGUGUGAUUGUAACUCAGACUAAGGGAGUCGGUUUUACUGUAUUUGAGUGGAGUGACGACUUCCAAAAUUAUUUGUACUUUUCGACUCUCCAUCGUAUGCCUUGUUGGCUACUAGGGCUGAUUUUUGGUUAUCUGUUCUACUACAAAAAAUUCAAACCGUCGAGGAAAUUGAACCUUCUCUUGUGGGUUAUCUCGCUGGGGGUUAUGCUAAAACUGGUCACAGGUCAGACUGUUUUCAUAAGUACAGAAUACAGUCUUCAUCGUUCGGUUUUAUGGAACGCAUUAGCACGACCUUUGUGGUCUUUAUGUAUUUGUUUUAUAAUUUACAGCUGUGGAGUCGGCAACGGCGGUGUCGUCAAUACUUUUCUGUCACAUGCCGUGUUUCGAGUUUUAAGCAAACUUACCUAUAGUGUGUACCUGGUGCAUUUUACCGUCCUUUUGUACUACUUCGGCAACCAAAAGGAGGCGCUACAGUUCGGUACCAUCGAAAUUUUGUUUAAAUUUAUUGGAUUGUUUGUUUUGGUGCUGGCGACUUCGGUGAUUUUGUACUUGGGGUUUGAAGCCCCUAUAGUGUCUCUGAAGGACCAACAAGAAGAAAAAUCUGCAACGAAAAAUAUUUAAUUGUUUUGUAUUGUGUGGUGUGAUAAAUGCG